CUUGGUUGUACGUCGUUGUUUUCAAACAACCACCGAUAGUUAAUACAUGGGUAGUCAGUACCUGGGUUUCUUUGUGUGCAUAUUUUGUAUAUGAAGACUCUUGUACACCAGUCAUCGUGUUUUAAAUAGAGAAUCGUGUGAAAUGUUCGCAUUACAAAGAGCAAGCGUCAGUUCUCUGACUGGCUCGUUCAGUUCGGACUUGACGAAGUCAGCUCGAGGAUCUAACGCUGGCGAUGCCUUCUUCCGUAAACUCGAACCGUCUGUGGAUGGCAACUUGAAAAUUGCCCAUAUAAUAGAAACUAGUGGUGAUGUAAUGUGUUGUAGAUACAGUGAAGAUAGUUCCUUACUUGCAGUAGGACUAGCAAAUGGUGCUAUUAAGGUGUAUUCCACAGACAACAGUGCUAUGUUGUAUAAUCUAACAGACCAGGAAAUACUGGAUUCCAGUCUACCUUGCACAAGUAUACACUUUCGUCCACAUCAGAAUGAGGACAAAAGCAAGAAUCUCCUUAUGGCGACUUAUGCAUCUGGUAUGGUGAAAUUAUGGCAUACAGCUACAAGUACAUGUUUACAUACAACUCAUGAACCAAGACAGUCAUUGAAUUUAGCAUUUAAUAACCAAGUCAGUACCUAUAUCACAAGUGGGUCUGAUGAGAAAAUCUACAUUUAUGACGAACCAACACGAAAACUAAUAAUGACAUGUGAACCAAGUCCUUCAAAGAAUGUAAUGGAUGGCCACAGGGCCCGUGUGUUUGCUAUACAGUUCCAUGCCCAAGACAGGCAUGAGUUUGUAUCUGGUGGCUGGGAUGACACUGUACAAUUUUGGGACACAAGAGUACAACAUUCUGUGAGGAAACUUUAUGGUCCUCACAUUUGUGGUGAUGCUUUAGACAUAGAUUUUCAGCAUAAUCACAUUAUCACAGGAUCGUGGCGAAAAGAGUUUAAUUUGCAAAUUUGGGAUUAUGCUUCUGGGAAUCUGAUUAAGAAUGUUCCUGCAGAUUUCACAAGUUCACUGUUGUACUGCUCUCAGUGGUUAGGUAAGGAUCACAUCUCUGUUGGAGGAAGUGACAAUAACAUGGCAAGAGUCAUUGAUCGGGGAACACUGCAGACAACUGGUAGAAUUUUGGAUCUACCUGGAGGAGUCUACACUAUUGACAACGAUCGCCGUGGUGCUCAUCCUAAACUGGCUGUUGGUUCAGCUAGAAAUAUCUACAUUCUAGAGAAGAAAUAACCAAGCAACAGGAUAAUGAAACCUACAUAUUGUAUAUAUAUAUCUGUUACACCCUUUCCUGUAUGCACUGCACCAUAUUUUAACCAUACUGAGCUUUAGACCAUACAUAGAUUUCAUUAUAUUCUCCAUGACAUGUCAUUACAUUUACAUAUAUAAACAA